GGGUCGCGUGUUUGCGAACAGUCCCUUCAGUUGUGCCGUUGCCAUGGAAACAGUCAACAGCCAUCACGCUGGAUGCGCGCAGCGGACGAGUCCCGUGUGCAGUGGCUUCACCCUGCUCCAGUGAAAAAGGUCUGUUCAGCAGAGGCUGGUCUGAAAGUUGGACCAUGAUCUCCUCGUGUCGACCCGACAAAGUCAGCCACCGGAGCAGAAGCGGCCAGAACACGGAACAAGCGGAAGCCGUCCAGGAGCAAAAACUGAAGGAAGAGCGGGAAGCCAAGCGCGCACGGCUCGACGGCCGACAUGACUACGUCCUCAGUAUCGUGGCCUCGUGCCUUGGUCUGGAGAAGGCAGAAGUGGAAGACGCUGUACUGGAAGGAAGUCAGAUUGACCGUGUGGAGCAGUUUUUUGCUGCCGGAGGUCUCCCCCAUCUCAUGUUUUACUAUCAGGAGAAGGACUCACUGGACACCGACGCCGCCUCCGUUCCUCCGCAGACGCACACACCUGCUCGCCACCACAGUUUCAAAGUGCGCGUGACCGAUGGGAAAGAUGCGGCUUUAACCGGAGUGUGUGUCUUCUUCACCAGAGCAAGCGCUUCCAAGGCAGUCACCUCUGAAAAUAUACAAAGAGAUGUCAAUUUCAACACGUUGGACACAACACAAGGUGGGCUGUUGAAAAGUGUGGAGCGGCUGCUGUCGGAGGUCUACAUCCCGACCCUGAGGAAGCUGAACCACGGCUGGGGAGAGCUGGCGAGUCCCCAGGCGCAGGCCGUCAAACAGGAUUUCCUGAUGUCUCUGGAGAACUUUGUCUCCGUCUUGGCUGGAGCGCAGGAGAGCCUGCAGGAGAGGGUUUCCUUAAAUGAAUGUGAGUCGUUCGACCUGAGGGUACUGAAAGGUCCGUCCGACUACAAAGCAGCAGCGAGCAGCUCUGAAGUCACAGAGAAGCUUGAGACAUGCAUGAAGGGCUGGAUGAAACAGAUUGAACAGGUUCUCGCUGAAAGCGAACAACUUCGAAUAGAGCUGGAUGAUCUUGGCCCCCGCUCAGAACUGGAGUACUGGAAGAGACGUCUGGCCCGCUUCAACUACCUGCUGGAGCAGCUCAAGAUCCCGGAUGUGAAGGCCGCGCUUGGUGUGCUCAUGAUUGCCAAAUCUAAAGUCAUCAAGUCAUGGAGAGAACUGGACAGCAGGAUCACCGAUGCUGCCAACAAGGCCAAAGAUAAUGUCAAGUGCCUCUACAGUCUGGAGAAGUUCUGGGAUCCUCUGUACCACAGUGAUCCUGUGGCGAUGCUUGACACGAUUCCUGGAUUGAUCAACGCCAUCAGGAUGAUUCACAGCAUGUCUCACUACUACAACACAUCGGAAAACAUCACGUCCCUCUUUAUGGUCAAGAUGACCAACCAAAUGAUCACUGCAUGCAAGGCUUACGUCACCAAUGAAGGUUCCAGUUCCAUCUGGGAUCAGCCUCGACAUGUCGUCACAGAGAGAAUGCGAGAUUGCAUCCACCUGAAUCAGAAAUACCAGCAGCAUUUCCAGCAGGCUAAGCGAAUGCUGGAACAAACUCCCUCAGAGCGGCAGUUCGACUUCAGCGAGAUGCACAUUUUCUUUAAGUUUGACACGUUUCAGCGACGGCUGGAGAAAAUCCUGGAAAUGUUCCACACCAUAUCCACCUAUUCCGCCCUGCUGGACUCCAGGUUGGAGGCGUUGGAAACCGCUUCCACCAGGUUGCAAACGUCAGAAAUGCAAGGAAAGUGGGAGACCAUUGUGCAGGGCAUGAAGAAAAAGCCCUACAGCUUCCUGGAUCAGGGAAGACCAGACUUUGAUGUGGAUUAUGAGCAUUUCUGCAGAAGCACCUCAGAGAUUCAUGAGCAGCUGAGGAGUUUUACAGACAGCACGUUUGUGAAAAUUCAAAACAAAGAACGGGCCUUAAAUAUGCUGCAACGGUUUGAGAGAUUACGCAUACCGGACCUUGGACUAAACGAGAAGUACCUCCGCAUACUGGAAAGUUAUCGCGAGGACAUCGAAUUGGUCUACCAAAUAUACACAAAACAGAAAUGUGACCCCCCGGUCCGGUGGAACAUGCCACCAGACUCGGGGCGGAUCAUGUGGGCUCGACAUCUGCACAGCAGGAUACAGGAACCCAUGGAGCUUUUUCAGAGAUACGAUAAGGUUCUUUCCUUACCCGAAGCCAAGACUGUCAUCCAGAGGUACAGCAGUGUUAAAAAGAUCCUGUUGGAGUUUGAGAACAUCUACCAUCGAAGCUGGAUGAAAAAGGUGGAGGGUGCAAGAAUGGGGUUGCGGGCCUCUUUGCUCGUCAGAUCGCCUCAGACCGGGGCACUGUUUGUAAACUUUGACCCAGAGAUUUUGACCCAGAUCAGGGAGGUGAACUACAUGAAGAGAAUACACUUGGAGAUCCCUCCAUUUGCAGCCGUGCUGCAUCAGAAACAGGAAAGCCUGAAGAGGAACCAUGAUAGAUUGCAGUUGAUGUUAAGUGAGAACUCCAGAGUGCGGGUCAAAAUUCUGUCUGUUUUUGAGCAGCUGGCGAAGCCGCAUCUUGCCAAGGUGGAUGAGGCUAUACAACCAGGGUUGACGUCGCUCAACUGGACCUCCAUGAACAUAGACAGAUACUUGAACCACAUCACCGAGUCUCUGAGAGACCUUGAGUUGUUAAUGGACCGCGUGAAUGACCUGGUGGAGGUCAGGAUCGAGUCGGUUUUGCAAGAAAUGAGCGCGACGACUUUGUGUUUCUUGCCAGAAGAUGGUCCCGUCACCUGUGAGGAGUUUGUUCAAAUCACGAGGGACCUAUGUCUGAAACAGGCCCACAGUCUCCAUACUAAGAGCCUACUGGUCGAGGAAGCUGCAAAUGAAGUGAUCAACAUGUUGCUGACUUUUGACCACAAUCAAAGGGAGGAUGCUGAGGAUGAGAGCUUCGCUGGGAGCAAGAUCCUGGAGCGUGCUGACAGUGAGGGGGAGGACGAGGGACGCUCACUGGGCCUGCCCUACUCCAGGAGCAGCCUGCACCCCCCCGCCAGUGUGGGUCGACCUUCCCCUUUGGCGAGGAAAAAGAAGAAGAGAGUUCUGAUGGAGGUGUUGGAGGAAGAAGCUCGAGAGCUGCUGGCGCACUUCAACCAUCGAAACAUUGAUGCCUUGCUCCGUCUGACACGCCACAACCUGGAGAUGCUACGAAAACGCAUCCACAACUCAUCAGCGAUGCACUCUUCUGCUGAUGCGGACUCACCCGGCCGAGCGAAGAGCAGCAGCCUGCCGCCCAUCUUUAAAGUCCACGUGACCCUUACCAUCCCCAACAUCUCCAUGGUCCCGGCCCUGGAGGAGGUCCAGAAGGCCAUGAACCAAGCAGUGGAGUGCAUCGUCAGUGUCAGCCAAGCCGUCGGCCAGUGGAGCCAGGAGAGGAUCUCAAAGAGGAAACUGAACGAACGGCGAAUGGCAGCUCUCGUACGGGACAGUUCCGACAGCGACACAGAGGACGGAGCAACAACCUACAGAAGCAUCGCUGAUGGCAGUGAAAUCUCAGCGCAGGUGGUUCGAUCAAUUCCCUGCCAGUCCAGGAACUAUCUCAAGAGUGUUUCGGAGAAUAAGGAGAUAGUCAAACUGGUCAAUGUGCUCAGCACGUCCAUCAGUUCAUCCAAAAAGGAGUUGAUGAUGACUUUGGACGGUUUCGCCCACUACCAUCACAUCUGGAAGAAACCACGGGAUGAGACAAUGCAGCAGUUCAUGGAAGAAAGCCCCUUGCUGUCAGAGUUUAAAAGUCAGAUACUCUACUAUCGUGAUUUGGAGCUCCGAAUCAAUUCAGAGCCUGAAUUUCUCAACGUAGGAGCCUUUUCUCUCUACACGGAACAUCUCAAACUGUCGCUCGGCGCUGAGACCAAGAGCUGGAUGAUGGAGUACGGCCGAUACUGCAACAAGAAGUAUCGCUCCGAAAUGGAGCGCAUCUUUGCUUUCAUAGAAGAAGCUGGGAAAAAACUGAACCGGCGGAUUGCAGAUCUGGACGACUUUCGAAUCGCCAUGGCAGCUCUCAAGGAAAUUCGAGAGAGUGAAAUAUCGAUUGAUUUUCAAGUUGGUCCCAUUGAGGAGGCCUAUGCCAUGCUUCAUAAGUUCGGGCUGCCGGUGGCGAAAGAGGAGGGCGAAAGGGUGGAUGCGCUGCGGUACAGUUGGGAGAAAAUGCUGUCUCGAGGAGAAGACAUUCAGAAUGAGCUGAUGGCUCUGCAGCCCAGAUUCAGAGUGGAGCUGGCCAACAACGUGGAGGUCUUCAAGGAAGACUGUCGACACUUCUACGUGGAUUAUGAAAAGGAUGGGCCAAUGGCUGUCGGGUUAGCUCCUCAAGAUGCCAGCGAUCGACUUAUCAUGUUCCAGAAUCGGUUCGACAACCUGUACAGGAAGUACGUCACUUACACCAGUGGACAGGAGCUGUUCGAGGUUCCUGUCAGUCAGCAUCCCCAGCUGUUGGAGAUCCGGCUGCAGCUGACGCUGCUGCAGAAACUGUACGGUCUAUACAGCAACGUGAUUGAAACUGUGAAUGGUUACCACGACAUCCUGUGGGCGGACAUUCACAUCGAGAAGAUCAAUAAUGAACUGCUGGACCUCCAGACCAGGUGUCGGAAGCUGCCUCACGCACUCAAGGAAUGGCCAGCUUUUCUUGACCUGAAGAAAACCAUUGACGAGUUUAGCGAGUGCUGCCCCCUGCUGGAGCUCAUGACCAACAAAGCCAUGAUGGCUCGACAUUGGAAAAGAAUAACAGAGGUCACCGGACACGCAUUUGAUGUCGAGACGGAUAACUUCAAACUGCGCAACAUCAUGGAGGCUCCUCUUCUCAAAUAUAAAGAGGAGAUUGAGGACAUUUGCAUCAGCGCGGUGAAAGAACGAGAUAUUGAACAAAGGCUCAAGCAGGUAAUAGCUGAAUGGGACAACAAGACCUUCACUUUUGCCACCUUCAAAACAAGAGGAGAGCUGCUCCUGAGAGGCGACAGCACUUCGGAGAUCAUCACCAGCAUGGAGGACAGCCUGAUGAUCUUGGGCUCUCUCAUGAGCAACAGAUAUAACGCCCCCUUCAAGUCCCAGAUCCAGAAGUGGGUUCUGAAUCUUUCCAACACCAAUGAUAUAAUAGAGAACUGGAUGACUGUCCAGAACCUGUGGAUCUACCUGGAGGCUGUCUUUGUUGGUGGAGACAUUGCCAAACAGUUGCCGAAGGAAGCCAAGCGUUUCUCUAACAUUGACAAGUCGUGGGUGAGGAUCAUGAUGCGGGCCCAUGAGAUGCCCAAUGUGAUCCAGUCGUGCGUGGGAGAUGAGACAAUGGGGCAGGUUCUCCCUCAUCUGCUGGAGCAGCUGGAGAUAUGCCAGAAAUCGCUGACUGGCUACUUGGAAAAAAAGCGGCUGCUGUUUCCACGAUUCUUCUUUGUCUCUGAUCCCGCUCUGCUGGAGAUCCUGGGCCAGGCAUCGGACUCUCACACCAUUCAAGCGCACCUCCUCAACGUGUUUGACAACAUCAAAACAGUCCGGUUCCACGACAGGGUGUAUGAUCGCAUAUUAGCAAUAGCAUCACGAGAGGGGGAAACUAUUGAGCUGGACCGUCCCGUCACGGCAGAAGGGAACGUUGAGGUUUGGCUCAAUGCGCUCUUGAAGGAGUCCCAAAGCUCUCUGCACUCAGUCAUCCGGCAGGCCGUGGCAUCAAUCCAGGACAGCGGCUUUCAGCUAACCGAGUUCCUCAACUCUUUUCCUGCUCAGGUGGGACUGUUGGGUAUCCAGGUCAUAUGGACCAAGGAGUCUGAAGAUGCUCUUGCCAACGCUCGAUAUGAUCGCAGCGUCAUGGCAAAAACCAACCAACAAUUUCUGGACCUGCUGAACGCGCUCAUUUCAAUGACCACUCGGGACCUCAGUGCCGUGGAGAGGACCAAAUAUGAAACCCUCAUCACCAUCCACGUGCAUCAGAGAGACAUUUUUGAUGACUUGUGUCGGCUACAUGUCAAGAGCCCCAAUGAUUUCGAGUGGUUGAAGCAGUGCCGCUUUUACUUCAACAAGGAUCGGAUGAUCAUCCGCAUCACAGAUGUGCCCUUCGUUUACCAGAAUGAAUUUUUAGGCUGCACAGAGAGGCUUGUCAUCACGCCUUUAACUGACAGGUGCUACAUCACCCUGGCCCAGGCUCUCUACAUGAGUAUGGGCGGAGCUCCUGCUGGUCCUGCAGGAACAGGUAAGACGGAGACCAUCAAGGACAUGGGUCGAUGUCUUGGAAAAUAUGUUGUGGUCUUCAACUGCUCGGACCAGAUGGACUUCCGAGGCCUGGGAAGAAUUUUCAAAGGACUGGCUCAGUCUGGCUCUUGGGGCUGUUUCGACGAGUUCAACCGCAUCGAACUCCCUGUGCUGUCCGUGGCCGCUCAGCAGAUCGCCAUCGUCCUCAACUGCAAGAAAGAGCGACAGAAAACCUUCAUCUUCACCGAUGGAGACACCGUCGAAAUGAACCCGGAAUUUGGCAUCUUCCUCACCAUGAACCCAGGCUACGCAGGUCGGCAGGAGCUCCCCGAGAACUUAAAGAUCAACUUCCGCUCCGUGGCCAUGAUGGUUCCCGACCGUCAGAUCAUCAUCAGAGUCAAACUUGCCAGCUGCGGUUUCAUCGACAACAUGGAACUGGCACGCAAGUUCUUCACUCUCUACAAGCUUUGUGAGGAGCAGCUGUCGAAACAGGUCCACUAUGACUUUGGUUUACGGAACAUCUUGUCGGUGCUGAGAACAUUGGGAGCAGCCAAACGUGCAAAUCCCAGCGACACGGAGUCCACUAUCGUCAUGAGAGUCCUCAGGGACAUGAACCUUUCCAAACUGAUCGAUGAGGACGAGCCACUCUUCUUGAGCCUGAUCGAAGAUCUUUUCCCGGGUAUCGCGCUGGAUAAAGCAGGCUACCCGGAGUUGGAGGAUGCGAUUGACAGACAGGUGAAUGACGCGGGACUGAUCAUCAACCCUCCGUGGAAGCUGAAAGUUAUCCAGCUGUUUGAGACUCAGAGAGUUCGUCACGGCAUGAUGGCUCUGGGGCCCAGCGGCGCCGGGAAGACUACUUGUAUACACACGCUGAUGAAAGCCAUGACAGACUGCGGUCAGCCUCAUAAAGAGAUGCGCAUGAACCCUAAAGCCAUCACGGCUCCUCAGAUGUUUGGCAGACUUGAUGUGGCAACUAAUGACUGGACCGACGGCAUUUUCUCGACCCUGUGGAGGAAAACGCUGAGAGCGAAGAAAGGGGAGCACGUCUGGAUUGUUCUGGACGGACCAGUGGAUGCCAUCUGGAUUGAGAAUCUCAACUCAGUCUUGGAUGACAACAAGACCCUCACAUUGGCUAAUGGAGACCGUAUUCCCAUGGCGCCCAACUGCAAAGUCGUUUUUGAGCCGCAUAACAUUGACAACGCCUCGCCAGCCACCGUCUCACGUAACGGCAUGGUGUUCAUGAGCUCCUCCGUGCUCAGCUGGAGCCCCAUACUGGAGGGUUGGUUACUGAAACGCUCCCCUCAGGAAGCAGAGGUGCUGCGGGAGCUAUUCUCCUCCUCAUUUCCUGAUCUCUACCGCUUCUGCAUCCAGUCACUUGAGUUUAAAAUGGAUCUGCUCGAGGCCUUUGUCAUCAUGCAGUGCGUCAACAUGCUGCAAGGACUCAUACCGUCAAAAGAGCAGUGUGGCGAGCUCUCUCGCGAGCAUCUGGAGCGCCUCUAUAUAUUCGCGCUGAUGUGGAGUGCGGGAGCUGUUCUUGAGCAGGACAGUCGCAGGAAAAUGGAGAUGUGGCUCAGAGGGAACACCGGUGUCCAUCUCGAUCUGCCGGAAAUUUCCCCCGACAGUGAAGAUACCAUGUUUGACUUCCACGUCACAGCAGAUGGCCAGUGGGUCCACUGGAACACAAAGGUGGUCCAAUAUGUUUAUCCAGCCGAGUCCACGCCGGAGUACAGCUCCAUCUUGGUCCCCAAUGUAGACAACGUUCGAACCGAUUUCCUCAUUCAGACCAUCGCAAAGCAAGGCAAGGCUGUUUUGCUGAUUGGGGAGCAGGGGACGGCCAAGACGGUGAUGAUCAAGAGCUACAUGUCCCAGUUCGACCCGGAGACUCGUAUAGGAAAGAGUCUUAACUUCUCAUCUGCUACAACGCCGCUCAUGUUCCAGAGGACAGUUGAAAGCUACGUGGACAAGAGGAUGGGUUCCACUUAUGGACCACCCGCCGGGAAGAAAAUGACCGUGUUUGUCGAUGAUGUCAACAUGCCAAUCAUCAACGAGUGGGGAGAUCAGGUGACAAAUGAGAUUGUUCGGCAGCUGAUGGAGCAGAAUGGAUUCUACAACCUGGAGAGACCAGGGGAGUUCACCAGCAUCAUUGAUGUUCAGUUCUUGGCAGCUAUGAUCCAUCCAGGUGGCGGACGCAAUGACAUUCCACAGCGACUCAAAAGACAGUUCUCCAUCUUUAACUGCACCCUUCCUUCCAACCAAUCUAUUGACAAGAUAUUUGGUGCCAUUGGUGGAGGCCACUUCUGCCCAGAGAGAGAGUUUAAGGAGGACGUUUGUCAAAUGGUGCCCCAUCUGGUUGGUCUGACUCGCCUACUCUGGCAGAUGACCAAGGUUAAGAUGCUUCCCACGCCUGCCAAGUUCCACUACAUCUUCAACCUCAGAGACUUGUCCCGAGUCUGGCAGGGCAUGCUCAACACCACCGCUGAGGUCAUCGACUCAGUCGAGGUGCUGCUGUCGUUGUGGAAGCACGAGUGCAAGCGUGUGAUUGCCGACAGAUUCACCGUUCCUGAGGACCUGCUGUGGUUCGACCAGGCUCUGGUGAACUUGGUGCAAGAGAAGCUGGGCCUGGAGUACAAGAGAAUGGUGGACGGAGUGGACAGAUACUUUGUUGACUUUCUACGAGAUGCCCCUGAAGCCACAGGUAUCAGGCGCCGGAAACAUGACCUUCUGUCAUCUGACUAUGACGCGAUUUCUUUUUUGUUUUUCUCCCCUGCAGGGGAGGAGCCGGAAGACAGCGACUUUGAUAUGCCCAAAGUAUACGAAGCCAUCGAGUCGUUCGACAGCCUGAGGGAGCGACUGAACAUGUUCCUCAGCCAUUACAAUGAGAGUGUUCGGGGGUCUGGAGUGGACAUGGUCUUCUUUGAGGAUGCUAUGACUCAUCUGGUCAAGCUGUCGAGGAUAAUCCGGACCCCAGGGGGGAACGCACUGCUGGUCGGCGUUGGAGGAUCUGGCAAACAGAGUCUGACCAGACUGUCCUCAUUCAUUGCUGGAUACAAGACAUUCCAGAUCACACUCACACGCUCAUACAACACUGCCAACCUGAUGGACGACCUGAAGAGUUUGUACAGAACAGCUGGUCAACAGGGGAAAGGCAUCAGCUUCAUCUUCACCGACAACGAGAUCAAGGAGGAGUCUUUUCUGGAGUACAUGAACAAUGUCCUGUCAUCUGGAGAGGUGUCCAACCUGUUUGCUCGCGACGAAAUGGACGAGAUGCUGAGCGACCUCAUCCCCGUGAUGAAGCGGGAGUUUCCCAGACGACCUCCCACCAACGACAACUUGUACGACUACUUCAUGUUGCGGGUUCGACAUCACCUCCACGUCGUGCUCUGCUUCUCGCCCGUCGGAGAGAAGUUCCGCAACCGAGCACUCAAAUUCCCGGCACUCAUUUCGGGAUGCACCAUGGACUGGUUCAGUCGGUGGCCCAAGGAUGCCCUUGUUGCUGUCUCUGAGCACUUCCUGUCCAUGUUUGAGAUCGACUGCUCAGCUCGAGUCAAGGAUGAAGUGGUCCAGUGCAUGGGCUCUUUCCAAGAUGGGGUGGCAGAGAAAUCUGUGGACUACUUUCAACGGUAUCGACGAUCGACCCACGUCACGCCAAAGUCCUACUUGUCCUUCAUUCAGGGCUACAAGAGCAUUUACAAGGAGAAGAGGUCCGAGGUGCAAACUCUGGCUAACAGAAUGAACACAGGUCUUGAGAAGCUGAAAGAGGCUUCAGAGUCAGUUGGAGCUCUCAGCAAAGAGCUGGAGGUGAAAGAAAAGGAGCUUCAAAUUGCUAAUGAAAAGGCCGAUAUGGUGCUAAAGGAGGUGACUGUGAAAGCCCAGGCCGCCGAGCAUGUGAAGCUGGAAGUCCAAAAGGUCAAGGACAAGGCCCAGGCUUUAGUGGACAGCAUCUCGGCAAAGAAGGCCAUUGCUGAACAGAAGCUGGAGGCGGCUCGACCAGCGCUGGAGGAGGCGGAGUCAGCGCUCCAGACCAUCAAGCCGGCAGACAUUGCUACAGUCCGGACGCUGGGCCGCCCGCCACACCUCAUCAUGAGAAUCAUGGACUGCGUGCUGCUGCUGUUCCAGAGGAGGGUGAAGGAGGUGAAGAUCGACCCGCAGAAGAACUGCGUCACGCCGUCAUGGCAGGAGUCGCUCAAACUGAUGACUGCGGGGAACUUUCUUGGCAGCCUGCAGCAAUUCCCCAAAGACACCAUUAACGACGAGGUCAUCGAGUUGCUGCAGCCAUACUUUGAUAUGCCGGACUUCAAAAUUGAGAUGGCCGAGCGGGUGUGCGGUAACGUGGCUGGCCUCGCGUCCUGGACCAAAGCAAUGGCCACCUUUUUCUCCAUCAACAAAGAGGUUUUACCUUUACAGGCAAACUUGGAAGUGCAGCAGAAUCGUUUGGACAUCGCAAAUGCGGAUCUUCAGAUGGCUCAGGCAGAGCUGGAUGCUAAGCAGGCAGAGCUGGAUGAAGUGCAGGCAGAGUACGAGAAGGCCAUGCAGGAGAAACAGAUGCUCCUUGAGGACGCGGAGCGCUGCAGGCGCAAGAUGCAGACGGCGUCCAGUCUCAUCAGCGGUUUGGCUGGUGAGAAAGAGAGAUGGACGGAGCAGAGCAAAGACUUUGCUGCUCAGACCAAACGGCUCGUUGGCGACAUCCUUCUGGCCACGGCCUUCCUGUCCUACUCCGGCCCUUUCAACCAAGAGUUCCGGAACCUCCUCCUGAAUGACUGGCAGCGCGAGCUGAAGCUGCGGGACAUUCCAUUUGGGAACAAUCUGAAUCUGAUCGAUCUGCUCAUUGAUGCGUCCACCGUCAGCGAGUGGAGCCUGCAGGGACUUCCCAACGAUGACCUGUCCAUUCAGAACGGCAUCAUUGUCACCAAAGGCGCACGCUUCCCUCUGCUCAUCGAUCCCCAGACACAAGGAAAGAUCUGGAUCAAAAACAAGGAGGCCAAGAAUGAACUCCAGCUCACCUCUCUGAACCACAAAUACUUCAAGACGCACUUGGAGGACAGCCUAUCUCUUGGGCGCCCCCUGUUGAUUGAGGAUGUUGGAGAAGAGUUGGACCCUGCCCUCGACAACGUUCUCGAGAAAAACUUCAUCAAGACCGGCUCCACUCAUAAGGUGAAAAUUGGAGACAAAGAGGUGGAAGUGAUGAAGGGCUUCAGACUGUACGUGACCACCAAGCUGCCUAACCCAUGCUACACCCCUGAGGUCAGCGCCCGCACCUCCAUCAUCGACUUCACCGUCACCAUGAGAGGACUGGAGGACCAGCUGCUGGGCCGAGUCAUCCUCACAGAGAAGCAGGAACUGGAGAAGGAGAGGACUGAUCUUCUCGAGGACGUCACGAUGAACAAGAGAAAGAUGAAGGAGCUUGAAGACAACCUGCUCUAUCGACUCACCAGCACACAGGGCUCUUUGGUGGAAGACGAGAGCCUGAUUGUUGUGCUGAGUAACGCCAAGUGCACGGCAGAAGAGGUCUCUCAGAAACUUCACAUCGCCGCCGAGACUGAGGUCCAGAUCAACACUGCCAGAGAGGAGUAUCGACCCGUGGCCACCAGGGGCAGUAUAUUGUACUUCCUGAUCACAGAAAUGAGCAUGGUCAAUGUCAUGUACCAGACCUCCCUCAGACAGUUUCUGGGUCUCUUUGACCUGUCCCUGGCCAGGUCAACCAAGACCCCAGUCACCAGCAAGCGAAUCGCCAACAUCAUCGAGCUCAUGACCUUCCAGGUCUUCAAGUACGCGGUGCGAGGCCUGUACGAGGAGCACAAGUUCCUCUUCACCCUGCUGCUGACGCUGAAGAUCGACAUGCAAAACGGCAAGGUCAAACACCAGGAAUUCCUCACGCUCAUAAAAGGAGGGGCUUCUUUGGAUCUGAAGGCGUGUCCGCAGAAACCAGCCAAAUGGAUCCUGGACAUGACCUGGCUGAAUCUAGUGGAGCUCAGCAAGCUGCAGCACUUCUCUGACAUACUGGAUCAGAUAAGCCGUAAUGAGAAGCAGUGGAAGCUGUGGUUCGAUAAAGCAGCGCCAGAGGAGGAGGUGCUGCCCAAUUCCUACGACCAGGCUCUGGACUGUUUCAGGCGGCUGCUUCUCAUACGCUGCUGGUGCCCCGACAGAACCAUCGCCCAGGCUCGUAAAUACGUCAUGGACUCCAUGGGGGAGAAGUACGCCGAGGGCGUCGUCCUGGACCUGGAGAAGACCUGGGAGGAGUCCGACCCACGGACGCCUCUCGUCUGCUUUCUGUCUAUGGGUUCUGAUCCGACGGACUCCAUCAUAGCUCUGGGGAAGCGGCUGAAGAUGGAGACGCGAUACAUCUCCAUGGGACAGGGACAGGAAAUCCACGCCUGCAAGCUUCUGCAGCACAACAUGGCUAACGGCGGCUGGGCUCUUCUCCAGAACUGCCACCUGGGUCUGGACUUCAUGUCCGAGCUCAUGGACAUGGUGACUGAGGCGGAAUUCAUCCAUGGCGGCUUCCGACUGUGGAUGACCACUGAGGUCCACAAGCACUUCCCCAUCGCCCUGCUGCAGAUGUCCAUCAAGUUCACCAGCGAACCGCCGCAGGGCUUGAAGGCGGGGCUCAAGAGGACCUACGGAGGCAUCAACCAGGACCUUCUGGACGUCUUCAGCAUGACUCAGUGGAGGCCCAUGUUGUACACCGUGGCCUUCCUUCACAGCACAGUGCAGGAGAGAAGAAAGUACGGCCCUCUGGGGUGGAACAUCCCCUACGAGUUCAACCAGGCCGACUACAACGCCACCGUCCAGUUCGUGCAGAACCACCUGGACGACAUGGAUGUCAAAAAGGGCGUCUCCUGGAGCACCGUCCGGUACAUGAUUGGAGAAAUCCAGUACGGCGGUCGAGUGACUGACGACUACGACAAGCGUCUCCUCAACACUUUUGCAAAAGUUUGGUUCAGCGAGGAAAUGUUUGCCGCAGACUUCAACUUUUACAAAGGAUACUCCAUCCCCGAGUGUGGCAGCGUGGACCAGUAUCUCUCCUACAUCCAGAGUCUGCCGGCUUACGACACCCCGGAGGUCUUUGGUCUGCACACGAAUGCCGACAUCACCUACCAGAGCAAACUGGCUGAAGACGUCCUGGACACCAUUGUCAGCAUCCAGCCCAAGGACAGCUCGUCUGGGGGCGGAGAAACCAGGGAGGCUGUGGUCGCUCGGCUGGCUGACGACAUGUUGGAGAAACUUCCAGCCGACUACGUGCCCUUCGAAGUGAUGGAGCGCCUCCAAAAAAUGGGAGCUCUUCAACCCAUGAACAUCUUCCUCCGGCAGGAGCUCGACCGGAUGCAAAGAGUCAUAGUUCUGGUCCGAAACACUCUGACCGACCUCAAGUUGGCCAUCGACGGCACCGUCGUCAUGAGCGAGAACCUGCGCGAUGCUCUGGACUGCAUGUAUGACGCGCGCAUCCCUGAGCGCUGGAAGAAGGCAUCGUGGGCUUCCAGCACCCUUGGCUUCUGGUUCACUGAGCUGGUGGAGCGGAACCGACAGUUCCAGGCCUGGAUCUUUGAUGGGCGACCCAACUGUUUUUGGAUGACCGGCUUCUUCAACCCGCAGGGCUUCCUGACAGCCAUGAAACAGGAAAUCACCCGAGCAAACAAAGGCUGGGCCCUGGAUCGCAUGGUGCUGUGCAAUGAGGUGACCAAGUGGAUGCGGGAGGACGUGAGUCGCCCGCCCUCUGAGGGCGUCUACGUCUACGGCCUGUACCUGGAAGGGGCCGGCUGGGACCGCCGCAGCUGCCGACUGGUGGAAUCCAAAGCCAAAGUCCUGUUCGAGAUGAUGCCUGUGAUCCGGAUGUUUGCGGAGAACAACGGUUCCAAAGAUCCGCGGCUCUACUCCUGUCCCAUCUACAAGAAGCCAGUGAGGACGGACCUGAACUACAUCGCCCCUGUGGACCUGAAGACCUGCGUUCCACCCGAGCACUGGAUCCUCCGAGGCGUGGCUCUGCUCUGUGACGUCAAGUGAGCGUGUGUCGCCAGCAAAAAAACCAGAGCGACUGAAAUACAUAGAAAUCUUUAUUGAAGUUUUUACAAAACCAAUGGCAUGGUCCAAACAUGGAAAAACGCUAUAAAAUAAAAGAUGGAGCGCGGCCCUGUCUCCACGUCCUGACGCUGCCAAUAACCAGCGCACUUGAGUGAAGCACCACCUGCAGGAACAAGGCUUCCACCACAUGACAUACACUCGCUCCCAGAAUGUCCGCAGCCAGGUUGGCUGGUCCCCGCCGGUGCAGCAACAGCCUAAAGGUCGCCUGAGCAUCAGUGUGGAAAGCUCUCCAGCAUGUGGCGUGUUGCACACACACGCCCACCCGUUGCUCGCAUGAGAACUGCCGACUGGAGAGGCUCCUGCCGCUCACUGGGUCACGGCACUGGCUGCAUGGUGAUGAGCACGGCUUUGCC